UGAAAAGCCAAGAGGACAGUGGCUGUAUGAAGAUAUUCUGUGCUCAGUUGAUACUUCUGUCCUUUACUAAAUUAGCUAUUCUUUGGUGCCAUUCCUCAGAUCACAGGAAAUCACUGAACAGAAUUUGGCAACUCAAAGCCUUAGGUCCGCAACCGGUGUGCAACAGGAUGUUUGCUAAAAAACGAAAAGUAACUGAUUUAUUUUGUGUCUCUUUCUAGCUUGUGCACUACAUACAUUUGCCAUCUAGUAACUGAUUUAUUAGCCAGUAACUGAUUCAUUUGCCAUCUAGUAUAACUGAUCCAGCUAUUUUGCAUCGGUAAGACUCGGUUUUAUUCACUGGUCGUGGAGUUACUGUGUCUCAGUUGUAACCAGGCAGUGCACAUGAAUAUGAUGAGGAGCAGGAGCCCCUGGUUGUUCUUAAAGCAAGCAGCCACCGCGGGCUUUUGCAGUACAAAGAUGGCCAGUAAAGUGGCAACCACUGUCAGUGAUGUCAAGCUGAAAUCAAUAGAAGAUCUUCCCCGUGUUGGGACUUUGAAGAUGCUGUUCAGGGUGAUUUCCAAAGGCUAUCUCAGUCGUCUGCAUGAGCUGCAGGUCUAUGAGAAACAGCUCUAUGGCUCCAUGUACAGAGCAUGUGCUGGCAGUGUUCAGUCCGUUGCUGUGAACAGUGCAGAUUUAGUGGAGGAGCUGUUCAGAAAUGAUGACAAGUUCCCCUCUCGCGGAGACAUGGCGCUGUGGACAGAGUACCGAGACAUGAGAGGCUAUGGCUAUGGUCCCUUCACAGAACAAGGUGAGAAGUGGUACAGACUGAGAGCUGUGCUAAACAAGCGCAUGCUACACCCCAAGGACUCGGUGCAGUAUGCCGGCGUUGUCAGUGAGGUCGUCACCGACUUCAUCAAGAGAAUAUACCACCUACGCAAGACCAGUCCAACAGGGGAUCUAGUGACUGAUCUAUCCAAUGAGCUCUACCGUUUUGCUCUUGAAGGAAUCUCAUCUAUUCUCUUUGAAACUCGGAUUGGGUGCUUGGAGAAAGAGAUCCCAGUUGAAACACAGGACUUCAUAGACUCUAUUGCCCAAAUGUUUACCUACAGCAUGCCUGUGGUACUUACACCCAAAUGGACUCGAAAUAUCCUUCCCUUCUGGAAAAGGUACACUGCUGGUUGGGAAGGCAUCUUUACAUUUGCUGGGCAGCUAAUAGACAUGAAGAUGGAGGCCAUUCAGAAGCGUGUGGACACAGACCAAGAAGUGGACGGAGAGUAUCUGACCUACCUGCUCUCCAACAUCAACAUGACCAAUAAAGAGGUGUAUGGAAGCAUUGCUGAGCUGAUUUUGGCUGGAGUAGACACGACCUCAAACACCAUGAUGUGGACACUGUAUCAGCUCUCUCGAGAACCUGAAGUUCAAGACACUUUAUUUCAAGAGGUGAACCAUUGUGUUAAAGGAGAUGGCAUUCCUACUGCCCAGGAUGUUACAAAUAUGCCUUAUCUUAAGGCUGUCAUCAAGGAAGCUCUCAGGAUGUAUCCAGUUGUUCCCAUCAAUGCCCGCCUUAUAUCAGAGAAAGAUAUGAUUGUUGGAGGAUAUUUCUUUCCCAAGAAGACAAUGUUUUCAUUAUGCCACUAUGCUAUAAGCCAUGAUGAAAAAGUAUUCCCUGAGCCAUCAAAGUUCAAACCAGAGCGCUGGUUAAGGGACGGAAGAGCCAGGCCCCACCCCUUUGGCUCCAUUCCCUUUGGCUUUGGGGUGAGAGGCUGUGUGGGCCGCCGGAUAGCAGAGCUGGAGAUGUACCUCGCUCUGGCAAGGAUGAUCAAGCUGUUUGAGGUCAGACCAGAUCCAAAUGUGGGUGAAAUGAAAGUUCUGAAUCGUACUGUGCUGAUUGCAGACAGACAAUUAAACCUACACUUCAUCGAGAGGAGUGAUACUUCUACUCAAUAAGCCUACACUCAUUUCUAAUUAAACCUACAUUUUAUCGAGAGGAGUGAUACUUCUACUCAUUUCU